AUGGAUGAAAAGGCCCUAUUUCUGAAGCUGAUCCAAUGGGUCUGCUUCGCCCAGCGACCCAUGACACUGGCCGAGCUGCGCUGGGCAAUGGUCGCCGACUUUUCACGCAAGUCACUGAGAGCAUGCAUAGACUCGGCCGAUUACAUAGACGACAUGGACGCAAUAGAGAGGAGACUCAGGACCCUCAGUCACGGCCUUGUUGAGGCUAUUCGGACUGGGAGGCACGCAAGGCCGAACGCUACGCCUACUCGCCCUCGAGUACGCCUACUCGCCCUCGAGUACGGUGUAUUCGCCCUCGAGUACGGUGGAGAUGAGGAUUUGUGGAUGUUUCCGCUAGAUGAACAUGACCCUGAUCUACGGCUUGAGGCGAGGAAGCUUGAGACUCUUGAGGAGGCUUAG